AUGAAGAAGAAGUAUCAAGGGAAUGUGAAGGCAAAGUGGGUGCAGCUUCAAGGAUUUCACAUUGAAUUUGAGACUUUACACAUAAAGUCAGGUGAGUCAGUUACAAAUUUCUUUGCAAGAACAAUGACAAUCGCCGACAAGAUGAGGAUCUAUGGAGAGAAAUUGGAGGAUGUCACCAUUCUCGAGAAGGUUCUUCGAUCGGUGACACCAAAAUUUAAUUUUGUUGUUUGCUCUAUAGAAGAAUCGAAAGAUAAUGAUACACUUUCAAUUGAUGAGUUGCAGAGAUCUUUGCUGGUUCAUGAGCAAAAAAUUAACCAACAAGAGUAA